UGGGUGCCUAUCAUGUUAUUCCUCCAAUCAAUGCUUUUUAUGUUGCCGAACUUUUUAUGGAAUGGAUUUCACCAGCAUAGCGGCAUCGAAUUUAUCAAAUUUCUUAAAGAGUGCAACAGAUUAAAGAAGAUGAAGUUAAAUGAUGCUGAAAGGCCAACUCUUUUGAGAACUUUGGGGGAAAGAAUCGGGGAGACUGUUAUAAAUCGGAAAAAUUAUUUUCGGACAAAAAUUCCUGCUUUUUCUAUCGGCUCUGGUUCUUUUGUUACGUGUUUGUAUAUAUUUAUCAAAUUGUUAUAUUUGCUCAACGUCUUUGUCCAAUUCUGCCUUCUUAACUUUUUUAUUGGCCACAAUUAUGGCUGGUGGGGAUUUGAUGUUUUGAGAUCUUUAGUUACUGGUAAAAAUUGGCAGGAUUCCCCAACAUUUCCACGUUUAACGCUUUGUGAUGUCUCUAUCCGUCGUUUGGGAGAUGUUGAACGUUCUACUCGCUACACACUUCAAUGCCAUCUUCGAAUAAAUACAUACAAUGAAAAGAUUUACCUUUUUAUUUGGUGGGGAUUCUUGUUUGUGGCUAUUUUAACUUUUUUGAAUUUUUUGUAUUAUGUAAUUGCAUUUGCCUGCCUUCCUUUUACAAGAGAAAAUACUGUCAGGCAUUUGUUAAAGCAGAAUCGUUUUGAUCAAAUUAUGUAUUCUUCUAAUAAACUUCAUUACAAAUUAAUUAAAUUGUUUGCCAAAAAAUCAAUUAUUAAUGAUGGGAUUCUCCUUUUUUGGUUUAUUGAAACUCAUGCGGGUCCGAUUGUUGCAAGAGAAAUUAUGGGCGAAGUUUUUGAUGUUUAUCUUGCCAAAAUUAAUGCCGAAGAUUUUGAUGUUCCCAGAGUUAUUAUUCGGACGUAA